UCGCAUGGAGAAGGAGCAGAAGCAUGACAUGGAGUGAAGCGUUUUGCGCACCGGUCAGGAAGGAUGCCCGAGCGAAGAUGUGCUCCAGCCGGAAGAUCAUCUGGAGUUUGUUGGUUCUGUCGGUGCUGGAGAUAGGGCUCGGGGUGUCCAGCAUCGCCCUGGGCGCGGUGGGCAUCUGCCGGGCGAAAGCGGAGCACAAGACCCAGCAGGGCGACGCUUCUCCUUUAUGGAGCGGAGUGUGUUUUCUUAUCUGUGGACUGUGUGGCAUGCUGUGUGCACGGAAAAGGACGGGACUGAUUAUGAUAUUAUUUUCCUCCUGCUGCAUUUGUGGGUUAAUUGGUGGAAUCCUGAACUUCCAGUUUGUCCGAGCGCUGGUCAAGCGUCCAGACGCCAUGCGCUCUCUUCAUUUGGCUGUCAUGUCUCUAGCAUGUCUGGGCAUCAGCAGCUGCACGCUGUCCACAUGGCUGACCUGCAGACUGGCCAGCAGCGAACAGCAGCGCAUGUUUCUGGAGAGAGAACAUUCACUGCAUCACUCGCACGAAAUGGCAGAGAAGGUACGCAAGGAGCUGGAGGUUUUGGAUAACACCAGCAAUUGCAUCUCUCAAAUCUCCUACAAUGGACGGAGCGCUUCGCCGUGACAGCUCGCUGCCCACAUGCUCUUA